CUCCUUGAACAUUUCCCCAGGGCUGUGUGUGCGGGUAAAACACCAUUUGGACCAUUCUGUAAACUCCAGUUUUCACUAUUCUCCCAUUGCUUUAGAGCCAACAGCACAGGUAAUGCAAUGGGCAGGCAUGAACUCCUCCAAGAUAAGUCGAUUCAUGUGCAAGAUAAACAGUAUGUCUGGGGGCGUCUAAAUGUUGCUGUAUAGGUCCACAGGUUGCUGGGUCGAUAUGUGGUGUGUUAGGUGUGCAGGUUAUUUAUACACAUUGCUUCACAGGCUGUGUUGGGUGUGUGUGAGUAGUUUGGGAAGGAUUUGGGAAAGGUACACAUGAUCAUUGCUGCAGGUUUAAACAUUGAGGUAGGUGGGCAGAGGUCUGUGUAGAUUUGCAGGUUUUGGUAAGACGUGUGGAAGUGAUUGCAAUUGGUAGAUUAUAGUAAUAGGUUUAUAUACUGUGCAGGUUC